GCUUUGCUUCCAACAAACCCGACGACUUCCAAAAACAUGUCGCUUUCGACGACUCCGUCGCUCACCGGAUCUGAUUUCUUCACCGGAGAUUCGAAGACUUUGCCGGAGAUCCGCAGUAUUCGUCGGAUUCAUUAGGCGUUAUCUCCUCCGACGCCGAUUGUGCAGGAAAAUUGGAUUCAUUAGGCGUUUGUUGAUCACUUCCCUUUUAGCAGAACGUGGCAUCAUACAUGAUGAAGACAAAGUAUGAUAUUCAUGGAUUUCCUCUAGCACUACACAUUUGGAUUCUUGAGUCUAUUCCAAUGCUACAAACAGCCUACAGCCGAAUCAGUUUAAUAGAGAGGCCGACUGCAUUCUUGUGUGAGAAAUACACGAGCUUACCAUCACCACAACUUUCUCAAAUACAGAAUAUUGAAGCAUCUAAUCAUCUGAAUGUAUUUUGCAUCUUACCUUCAAUACCUGAUGAUCCUGAAGAUAAAGUUUCACUAGAAGACGAAGAUGAUCCAGAAUUAGGUCUGCUGGUCGAGCUUCUAGGUAAAGGUUACAAAAUGAAAUCUGAAGAUUGGACAAAAAGAACACUUGAUGUAGGAGCCGUGAUAGAAGAAUUUGCAAUGAUUCAAUGCCACUCGAUGAGGAUUGAAGAUUUCUCCAAACUAUGUGAUCAAGAUUCAUAAGACAUCAUAAACAAGUUGGCUAUCGAUAUCUUCAACAAGUGUGUUAACAUUUCUCAGGACUAUGUUUCUUUAAUUAUAUGUAUGCUGUUUGUGAAACCGUUUUAGACUGUUUUGGUACUUGUAUGAUGGUUCUAAGCUAGAAAAGUAUCAUAUGUUUCUAUUAGACAAUGUAAUGGCUUUUUGAGAUCAUCUGUGAAAAAUUCAAGAAGGAUUGU